GGUGAUUGGCCAGAUGGAGAGAGGGGGCGGAGACCGGCGGGCGCGCGGCUGAGCGCGUUGCUGUGGCGACGCUGUCAUGGCGGAGCCCAGCGCGGCGGAGCAGCGGUGGCUGCAGACGGCUCGGGAUUUUGUUCUUCGGGCUCUCCCAGCCAGCCCGGGUCCUGGCGGGACGGAGCGGCCGCCACUGGACGCGGUGCUGAGGUGCGUGAGGAGCGCGGGCGGCGGGGACCUGCCGCUGGGCUACAGUUUCAUCUCCAUCUCUGACCUAAAGCAUCAACAGCGUGCUCCGUGCUGCAGCCACCUGACCUUUAGCACUAACAAAUUUAAAGAAUGGGCUCACCAAGGACAAGGUGCUUUACCCAUGCACAGCUCUUUGCCAAGGGCUUACCUGAUCUUGUUUGGCUAUUUAACCGAUGGAAGGCAAGAGGACAAAGAUGGUUGUCUUUAUGUGAAAGACAAUACUGGGAUAAUUGCGUGUGAGCUGCUGCAUUUUGAACUGGAGUGGCUGGAGUCACUGUUCCUUUUCCCAAGCUGGGCAUAUAUACCACAGACUGACCACAGUGCAGCAGGAUACAUAGAAAUCCUGGCGGAUCCAGUGCCAGUAAAUCGCCUCCCAAAGGAAGUGUCUGAGACCAUCCCAGUCAUCUACCCAGCGUUGGCUGAGCCACUCCUUGUCUCCAGGAUUCCUUGUAAGAAGAGAUCAAAGCUCAGUGUGGCAGGUGAAUUGUCCAGACUCAGCCCUCUCCUUUGUAUUCACCAGAAGACAUUUUUCUUUCUAUUUUUGAAGUGCUUCACCUCAGUUGUUUGGGUCCCUGUUCUGGUGAAGAAGCCCAACCAGCUGGCGUGGCACCAUACCCUCCAGUUGGGCCACAGGUACACGAUAACAGGCCUGAGUAUAUCCAGCCUGAAGAAAUCUGGGCAAAGGAUGUUUGUCACCAGUAUUUCUUCCCGCCUUCUGCCUUACUGUGCAGAGAAGGUAAAGGAGCAGGCAUUGGACAGUUCUUGGCAAGGAGAAUCCUCUCUGUCAGCUUCACUUGAGACCACAGAGCAUUUCAGUGACUCCUCAGAGCUGAGCGCUGAAGAGUGGCCAGGAUUAAUGAAAGAGUCCAAGAUCAUCUCGUAUGUGGGAACUGUCACCAAAAUACUCAAUGCCCAAGCUGGUCUCUAUGAGCUCGAUAACAAAGUCUGCUUGUGCCUUGCUUACCAGCAGUUGUUGAACUCUGCACGUGGAAUCCGACCAGGAGCAUGUGUGGAGCUCAUCGAUGUCCACCUCCUACAGAAGCCUCUGGUAUCCUCUCCUUUCAUUGUACUUGGCGCUUGCUUGAACAGCACUGUCUUGCUGAGGAGUUUUUCAAGGCUCAGCACUCCUUACCACCCACCAGUCACUUCAAGAAAUCUCUACCUACAGUUGCUCUUCCGCUAUAAUCUUGGUAUGCCACUCUACCUCUGGCUGGUGAGCCUUCUGGAGACAUUUAAGGAGAGGUUUUCUUGUUUCUUUGGGCACCAGCGACUGUUGCUUAGCUCUAUACACCAAAACCCUGGACCUGCAGAGAAAUUCCUUGUCCCAGUUCUGCAAGCUGUGGUACCAGACAGAAGGGAAACAAGAGAUAUUUAUCAAGAAAUUCUAGCAAAAAUACAUCACUGUCCCCUGCAGAAGUAUCUGACCCUGGAUCCCCCAUACCAGGUCCCAUCUCUGUCAGCACUGGGUCGUGUAGCAGAACAGAAGGGCUGGGAAGGCUUCUGUCCAUCCCAGCUGCUCUCCCCCUUAGAGGCACAACACAUGGGCACCCAAGAGCUGAAUCGCAGGCUGGCCUGGUCCUACUGCACACUCUCAGCAGGAAGUUUCCAGCCCCGGCUGAUCCUACUAGGUGUGCUGCGAGUCUCCUCCAGGAGAAGUUCCCUCCAGCUGCAGGACAGCAGUGGCACACUUCCCUGUGUGAUUUCCCAUAGGGAUAGUAGCCCCUUUGCCAAUACAGCUCUCAUAGGAUCACUCUUGCAGGUGGAGAACUAUCAACUUGUAGUGGAGAGGUUCAUUCAGAGUGAUUUUCCUUCCUGGGAGCAGCUAGAAAAUUCAGAGCAUGUGAGAGAGAAAAAAACCAGUAUCUAUGUGCAGUUCUACUUUGAGGAUGUUCAGGUUCUCCAUUCCGUGGAAGGACAAAUACAGAAAGAUUGUCGGAGUAACAGCAGGAAAAAGAAUGAUGGCAGCUCAACAUCUGAUCUGGAAACCCCGGAGGCGAAAGUGCUGAAAUUGGAGGAUCCCACCCCAGAUCCUGGUGGAGAUGAAGGCUGUCAGAGGGGCCAGAGCAGCACUGGAAGAACCAGCUGUGUUUCUCACCUAUUCCUGGUUACCCAGAAAGAGGGGCUUAUGUUGCGCAACUACCAGUUACUCAGAGAAGGAGGUGGAGAAGAACAGGAGCCACAGCGCAGUUUUCAAGCCACGGUGCUGUGGCUGGGCAGACCUCAGCUGUGGAGCCACCCUAGAGAGACCAAGAGUCUGCCUGAGCUAGAGGAGGCCAGCCAUGAUGGAGGAGAGGGCAUGACACGGCAAGAGGCACUACUGCUUUUUAUGGGGAAGUCAUUGCAAUGGUUUCCAUUUCUGCAUCUGGAUGGGUUGUAUCGCUUCAUUGUGCCCCACUGCUCGGACUUGGAAGUGUUUGACAAGCUCAGUUUUCCACCUGUGCCAGCAGAGUUCCUAGGCAGGCCAUCCUGCCCUUUAUGCCUGCCUGUCCAAGAUAACUGGCACUUACAGCAUGAGACAUGGCUCCCCUUCCCAGCUGAGUGCCAGCUGGCAGCCAGGGCAGCACUGACAGGCAUGGAUCAGAGAGUUUCCUCCAUUCCAGAAAUACUUAGCAACAGUUUCAGAGGUUCCCUUGUUUCUUUCUGUGGAGAGAUAGUAGAGAGGACCCUGUGUGCUUCUCCUAAGAAUGAGAAGCCAUCUGCGACUCUCAGCCUUAGAAAGCAGAAAGGGAGUCUGCUGGCCAGUGAUCACAGUGUGAAGCUCAGCAUUUCAGCUGCUGCAGGCUCCCCUGUUGUGCUGGACAUUUACAUUGCUGCAACCUAUCUGCAGCAUCUCAGGGGUUUGCUACCUGGAGCCAAGAUCCUCUUUCAGAACUUGGAACGCAAAAUCUCAAGAUUCCAUAAUGUUUACUGUGCAUACAUUGCCUCCAGCUGUGUGACCAUCCUGUCUCUCCCAGCUUCUCAUCAACUUUUUACCUCCAGUUGUGCAGGAAGAGCCUCAUCCCCUUCACUGGUGUUUAUAUCCAACUUGCAACAUCACUUACAAACCCUGCCCCAGGCACGGAUUUUGUGCCAUGUGUCCUGUGUGUUGACUCUCUCCCUGCAGUGGGUUUGCUCUCUUUGCAGCAGCAUCUUCAAAGAGGGGAAGUGCACCCGACACAGUCCACCCUGUCCAUCACACACUGGAGUGAGGCAAGCCAGUGCACGGGUGCUGGUGGAGGAUGGAACAGGUGAAGCUUUGGUGCUGUGCAGGAACCAGCAUGUGGCAGCAAUGCUGGGCCUGAGCCUUCUUGAGUGGGAAGCUGUGCAAAGCUGUGUGCAGAGCAGAGGCAGCCUGUUCAUUCAGUAUGGAGAAACUACUGGGACUGGGUGUGUGGAGGAACUGGAGGAUCCCAUUGCUUGCUACUUAAGGAACCUCUGCAGGAGUUCUCUCAUCUGUCGCCCUAUUCUGCUGGAUUUCAGCCUAGACAGGAAGCCCUCCAAAGUCCUGCAGCCUGCUCCAGUGCAAGUGAGAAAUUUUCGGUGCGGUGAAAUGGAGUUUGUGUCACAAGUGAGACCUCGACAGAGCCUGUUGUGCCUGAAUGUGGAAGAAGUAGGACAAAAAGCCUUAUGCUGUCUGAACAGAGAGAGGAUCGAGAGGAUGUCUGGUCACUGCCAAGUGGGAACCACUACUUAACAUCUUCCCCAGUGGGAAAUGAAUCAUGGAAAUGCCUAUGGAAUUGGGAGGGGAUUUCUUCCCCUCUUUCCUCCUUUCCAGUGGGAGCACAGGCCUGUGAGCACAGCAUGAAGACUGUACCCAAGAAGCUGCCUUGAAUAGUGGAAUUCUUGAACUGGACCAUUGCCACCAGCCAUUGCGGGCUGUGCUUCAAGGAAGAAAUGUUCAUUUAUCUCCUACGUGGUAGCUAUUGCUCUGGGCCUUGGGCAUAUAAUGUGUUUUUUAUGUGGCAGUAUCUAGUAAAUAAGGCUAUCACAUUGCAGUUUAAAUAACAAUAUCUAUUUUAAUACCAUUUCACUUGCUAUAUGGGGAACUGAGUCAGGGUGUAGAUUAAUUUAUGAGCCAGAGACCAGCAUUUUGCAGUUCAUUCACUGUCUUCAUGGAAAAGUGUGUAGUUUCCUUAGGGGAAAUUCUCCUUAACAUGUUUGGAAUGACUAAAAUGUUUUUAAAGCACUUCCUUCCUCGAAGAAGAGAAAAGAAAUAAACAAGUUACUGUUUGGAGACUAAAUUAUGGCACUAACAGCACUAUGCAAGCAUUGUUUUGCAGCUUAAACAUUAUUGCAGCCUGAACGUUAUUUGGGGCUGGUAACGAGGAAUGCAGAGAGCUAUGAUACGAGUUGACAGUACACUCCAGGCUUGUCCAUCUGCUGCUGAUUAGUAAGUUGGGGAAAAUAUAAUGCUAUGUGCCUUUAUCCGUAGUGGCAUAGCAGCCUUGCUGGCACAAUGCCAUUUAAAGAUACUCCACUUCCAUCUGUUUGCAGCAAUAACUGAGCAUUCUGUACUUGUAUAGGUUAAUAAAUUCAACCCAGAAUUACUUCCCCACCUUACUCAGUGUGUAGUACCUAUUUGAGCAGCUCCUCAAAUAGAAUUUGGGGUUUUGUUUGCUCAUUCUUUCCUUCUGUCUUUUCCCCUUCCCCCUUAGUUUGAGCCUUAUAUUAAUUUUCAGGUGAUGGUUUUACUGAGCGUGUGGAAAGUAUCUUCAGUCUCAAGGUCUGCUUGCCUCUUCUAGACCAAAGCAUGAGUUCCCAAGACCUGACAAAUGCUGCUGCUUAAUAAAGUUCUGAGACUCCAUCCUAAGGGAGGUCACAAAAAGAACAAAGGAAAGAUCUUUGAGUUUUGCCACAGUGGCCUUUUUUUCCAGUAGGUGCUUUCUCAGAAAAGGUACAGGUUUUGCUGAAGCUUGCCUGUCUUCCCAAGGAGAAAAAAAAAAAGAAAAUUUUCUCAUCCUAAAGAAAUGUUGACCUAAGAUGAACAGAUCAAAGUCGAAUUAGAAAGUACUACUGAAAGUAUCCUGUGAAAUAGGUUAGCAUAGUUACAGACAAUGCUGCAGUGGUAGAUAGGAAGUGCCAGAUAAGAGACCUAUUUAAAAACAAUAAGGCAGAUUUUCCCUAUGUAGGUGAAACUGUUGAAAAACUGGGUUUAAUUCUGAACUGGAACUUUCCAAUAGCACUAAUCUCCCUCUUUUCCUCCUCAUUAUUUAGUCAUCUGUGCUGCCACAAUUAAUCUCUUUCUGAAGUCAAAAUAUCCUGUUGUUGGCAGGGAUAAGAAAUACAAAGGAACAACUGGCUUCAUUUUGUGGCACUGCCUGACUCUCAGCUCAAGGUGGAGGAGAGCACAAAGUAUGCCCUGCCAUCUGUCUGUAUCUGCAGUGACUGUUCUGCAUGGAGGGACAGAGGUGUUCAAUUUAGCUGAUUGAUUGAUUGAUUUAUUUUGAUAGCUCUCCAUCAUCAGUUUACCUCUCGAGCCCCACACCCAAAACUGAUGAAUCCUGCAGGCAGUUGACCUAUGCUUUGUGAUGGCCCCAGUGCUCCUCAGUCUAGGUGGGAUUGCUCAGGCUGGCAGCUCCUUAUAGCCCUGUUCAAGGUGUUCCCAGUAAGUAGCAUUUACUGUAGGUAACACACAGUGCAGUAGGAUUAUGUGAGUAAAGGGAGUGCAAGCACGGCUUGUGCUGCUUCUCAGGGGGUAGAAGAAGACGUGAACGUGGCCUAGCAGAAGUGAACUGUAUUAGAGACUCAUAGCCUCUAAUGUGUACAUAAGGUGUAUGCUUAUCAGUUUCUCUUUUGAAGCUUACCUCCUCGUCCUACAGCAUUUGCAGAUGUUCUAUAUUGACAGCAGACACAUGGGAAGCAGGAGCAUCCAGUGACAGGCUGGAAGGGAGGAAGACACUGACUCCGUGUUCAGGUUCACCACGUGUAAGCUGGUCUCUGUUGUAAUGUUGAAAUCUGCAGCGGAUGGAUAGUGAGAGGAGGCUCCCAGAUUGGAGAACAUGGCAAAAAAGCAAAAUCAGUGGGUAGACCUAUUGCUCUUAGCUUUUCUGAAUGCUGAUAGCUCUUGCUGGACCACACUGUAAUGAAGCCCUCACUGCAGAAGAGCCAUGACCCUUUCCAUGUAGAACACAAAAUAAUAACCAAGUUCAAGGAGUGUUUGGACAGCGCUCUCAGACAAAGGGUUUGAGUUUUGGGUGGUUGUGGGUAGAGCCAGACGUUGGAUUCAGUGAUCCUUAUGGGUCCCUUCCACCUGGGGAUGUUGUGUACAGUUCAAUGAUUCUGAAACCUUCUUGUGUAUAGUAGUUUUACAGGUGCAAGAUGCUGAAUGGUUUCUGAAUUAGGGGAGAUAGGGAUGAUUGAGAAAAUAAAUCAAUGAAAAAAACAAAAAAAGAAUUCUGUGAUCUCUAUUAGGUGGACAUAUCAGAGCUGAAGUCAAGUGUCCAAUGAGUUCCCUUCUGCACAGUGUUCCUCUUCAGAAUAAUUGAGACAUCUAACUGAAAAUACAAGC